AUGCCGCUAACUAAGCGUGCGAUCUCACCAGUUAACGUAAGCCUUCAUCGUUUACCAUCUUCGAUACAGCAAGAUGAAUUGGAAUGUGUUGCUAACGGUACAUUAGCAAAUCUAAUCCGACAGUUGAGUUCACUCAGCCGACAUGCUGAACAUAUUUUUGGCGAAGUUUAUCACGAGGCCGUGAAAUUGGAUCACAAAACAAAUACUUUAUCGCAGAGGAUUGAAAGGUUAAUGCAUAAUGUGACACAACUGGACUACACACAAGAACAAGUGUCACUUGAAGAUUUGCAUUUGCGAAAACCAUUCAAAAGUAGCUGUAUAAUCGACCAGCAUACAUUAGAUCGUCAGACGUUACCUUCUGCUUUAGCAGAAUGUUAUGCUGCUUGUGAUCCACCUCCCAAUCUAGAUGCUUUAAAUCCUUAUAGAGACGACAAAAAAAAUGCACUUAGGUACUAUACAGAUCCUUCAUAUUUCUUCGAUUUGUGGAGGCAAGAGAUGUUAAAAGAUGUUGGCGAUGGACGCCGUGGACGUUCCAUUAGAUCACCAACAGAAAACAAAAGUCCUCGAAAGAAACGUAAUCGUCAACCUGUGACAAAUAAUAUUGGAAGAGAUUCCAUUCCAAGAUAUUCUAUCGCAUCACAACAGCGUCCUGCAGACAUCAUGCAUUUUCCAGCAGAAUAUCAAGCACCACAAAUAGUGCAUAUCGAUCAAGUCCGUGCACCGGCUGGAAUGAGCGUACCAGCUAGUAAUGGAUAUGCUACUGCGAUACCAAAUAAAGCUUCGGUUGCGCCUUUUUGUUCACCUGUCAAAGAGGAAUCGCCAGUUGUUUCAGCUGACAACCAAAUAGCUGCUCAGUUGGCCGAUAUUGACUUGCAAGACGAUUCUCUUUUGGAAGACGAUCUUCCUCCACCACCACCACCUCUCAUGCAUACUUCACUAGUUUGCCAGAUGCCCUCUCCACCUACAAUGCAGUACGUCGCUCCAUCUGGAAAUUCUAUUCCACCGCCGCCUCCUCCUCCGCCACCGCCAUCUUCUGUCACCUCUGCUGCAGCAGCUACCCAGUCGCUUGUUACUGUUGCAUCUUUUGCUAAUAAAGAAGAAGUGAAAAGCGAAACAUCCGCUACUCAAGUUUCUGAUACACAUUCAAAUUUACUCGCUGAAAUACAGUCUGGCAUAAAACUUAAGCAGGUACAGAGGAAGGAACAAGCAGCAGAGGAAAAAGCAGCUGUAGAAACGAAUGAUGUUGCGGCUAUAUUGCGACGUAGAAUGGAGCAUAUUCUGGGGCAUUCCGAUAGUAACAGUGAAUCUCCAACAGAUGAUGAUGAAGAAUGGGAUUAG